GGCGCGCAGAGCCGGCUUGGCAGCCGCCCGGGGCCAGUGGUGUAGACCCGCCCGUUCACCGGAGGCUUCGGCGCGGCAGCAACAUGACUUCGGCGGCGCUGGAGAUUUUGGGGCUGGGUCUGGGCAUCCUGGGCUGGGUCGGGGUGAUCCUAGCCUGCGGGCUGCCUAUGUGGCAGGUAUCGGCCUUCAUCGACGUGAACAUCGUGGUGGCGCAGACCAUCUGGGAAGGGCUGUGGAUGACCUGCGUGGUGCAGAGCACGGGGCAGAUGCAGUGCAAGGUGUACGACUCCAUCCUGGCGCUGCGGCCUGAGCUGCAGGCGGGCCGGGCGCUCACCGUCAUCGUGGGGCUGCUGGGGCUGGUGGCGCUGAUGGUAACCGUCGUUGGUGCGCAGUGCACCAACUGCAUCCGACCCGGCAAGAUGAAGUCCCGCAUCGUGGUCGCCGGCGGGGCCAUCUAUAUCCUCUGCGGGGUCCUGGUCCUCGUCCCGCUCUGCUGGUUCGCCAACAUCGUUAUCAGCGACUUCUAUGACCCCACCGUGCCGCCGUCCCAGAAGCGGGAGAUGGGGGCCGCACUCUACAUUGGCUGGGCGGCCACGGCCCUGCUGCUCUUCGGGGGCUGCCUCAUCUGCUGCUGCUCCUGCUCCCAGCGCGAUGAGACCUCCUUCCCCGUCAAGUACUCGGCGCCGCGGCGGCCCACCUCCAACGGCGAGUACGACAAGAAGAACUACGUCUGAGCGGGGCUGCCCCGCUCGCCGCCCCGGCCCUGCGGGGACCCGGACAGACGGCUGCGAGCCGUCCGGUGAGCUCCGGCGCUCCCCUGCCUGGCGGCGCUUCUUCUCGGGGACCCCCGUUAAGCGGCAGCCCUAGGCAGGGCGGCGCCCUGCUGCCCGCCAGCCCGACGGGUCCGGCCGCUCCGCUGCGGGCAGCGCCGAGCCCGGUACUGACUGUCCGCGGUGCCGGGGCGAGCCAAGCCCUCCCCGGCCGCACAGCGCAGCGGAACCGGCGGCUUCCCGGCUCGGGGCAGCGCGGGGGGACUCAGGAGCCCCGCCAAAACCGCGGUGAAGUCUGCCGGGAUGCCCCGUCCGGGCUCUGCCGCAUGCCCGCCGGGCUCCCGCCGCCGCGCCGGGUGCGGGCAUUACCGUGGGGAACUCGUGAGUACUUCACCGCCGGCUCCCGCUGCCGGUGUAUCUCGGGGCGCCGCAGGCCGGUGGGAUCGGGCCGCCGGGAGUGCACUGCUGCAGAAGCUUCCCGUCUUCGUUUUCUCUGCCGAAAACCUGCCUCUGGCUGUUCCCGCUGAGACUUUCACUGGUUAGAGGGAGAUUGUUGUAUUUGGGUAACUAAACUAGGGAUUCUGUCUAAAGCCCGAGACUAACCUUGGUCCUUAAUCCUGCAGGCAAGUAACUGUUUUGAGAAAGACAUUUGGUUUUCUUCAGUUGUUUCAGUGCAUUGUGUCUUAGUGACUUUUGAAAGAGAUUUCAGGUAAUUGCUGUCGUUUAGUGGAGUACAAACCAGAUUACACUAGGUCCUUCAUCCCUCGAUGUUCUUCGUCUCUUCUCCCUCUUCAACUUCUGUUCUGUUUUUACUUGAAUAUGAACUCAUUGCCGGAAUUAUUGGAGGACUAGAUUCAGAGACCUAGGAGAUCUUUGUAUGUUCUGGCUGCAGCAGGGCAUCACUCUGCAGCCUCUCAUCUGCACUACAGGAGACUGGAAACAAAAAUAACCCCAGAUGUUGAUGGCUGGGGGCAUGGACAGCCCUCGUGGCCUUCUCACCAAGCCCCACUUGCUGCCAGUGUUGAACUGUGUGUUCAGUUGGACAUGCGCUUGCUUGGCUCCUCACUGUAACUUUGUUAACACGUGCUCUCCUUCAUUUACCAAAUGAGACAAAGAAAUUGCUAGAAGAAUUUUACCAAACAUCUUGAUGGAGGCUUUAUGCAGGCUAAUUGAGAGAUGUGAAGUCCUGGCUCUCACAGCUCUCAGCUCCUCCAUGUGGCCCUUGGAACACUUUCCAGGCUGGAAUGAAGAUGCUCUGGGCAACAUAACUCUUAUUUUCUGAGCUCAACAUCUGCUAGAUUCCGGCACAGCCUGGAAUAUUAGCACACACCUUUGUAUUUUACACUGCAGAGACAGGUUUUUCUGAAGGAGGAGUUAAGGGGUGGUGCAAUGCUUCUCCAUGCAGAUUAUUUUGUACUUCUAAACCAACACAGAAUUCUGCUACAGACCGCUGCAGCAUCUGUAUCGGCAUAAGGAGAUUUCUGCCAAGAGUUAGCAAGGAAAAGUGCUGUUCCUAUUCCUCAGAGCACAACGCUACGACCUCUUGGGUCCCUCACAACCAUGUAGCAAUCAGUGCACAUCUAACCUGAGAGUUAACUCUUACGACUUCCUGAUAACACCGAGACUUAUGGACUAACCAUUACUGUGGGUUUGUGACAGAUCUACAUCAACUGUGUUCUUGCCUUGCUUAGCAAACUUAAACCCCUGGUGGCAUCCAUAUGAACACAGACCUGAACGAGAGACUGCAGCCUUGCCCCUGCAAAUUUUGAUGUUGAGUGUCUGAGGACAUGAUGUACCCCUUUCAAGAUCACUGCUUUCAUUUUUAAACACAUAAGCAGCAGGGUCUGAGCCCAUCAGAGAGCAAUAUGUCUGCAACAAGUUUUGUUCUAUAAAGAGGUGCAGCUCUUAUACUGUCUGCAUUUAAAUAAAAGCUAUAAUAUCGUUAUGAUGUGAUAUGUAGUUUUGGUACAAGAAUGAAAUAUUCUGUAUUUCAUCAUUGCAACUUUUUUCUUUUUUUAAACAGUGCAACCCUGUAAACUGUAAAUGUAUUUAAAUGCAUUUAUUUUGCAAGAAAUCUACCAAAGUUGGCUUGUUAAAUGGUUUGGUGCCUUUAUUUGUUUCAUGGUUACUUUAUUUUUUAUUUUAAAUGAUAAUGUCCAACUGUUUUUGCCACUAGACUCCCUUGCUCAACUCUCCUGUGUUUAGCAGAUAAGUCAACAGGUAUUAGCCCAAAUCCUAGACCUCAUUCUCUUUGAUCUUAAGUUGAAGAUCUAAAAAGCAAUCCCCACCAACUGACACACCUGCAUGUAUCUGUACUGCAGAGCUUUCAAAAGCGCUGCAGGAUUUGGACUCUGACCAAAAGGUGAAAACUUUCUGGGCAGCGAAUCACUGGCAUCUAAAAUCACACCAAAAUUGGUGUUUUGGGGAGGAGGGAAGCCCAUACAUUAGAAGGGAAUUUGUUUUUAACAAGCCAAAUUUCUGGAGGUGGAGCUUUGUGUCGUAGCAGGGCUGGAUCCUCUUUUAACCAAAAUCUGUAAAUAAUUACACCACAAGACCUUGGAAGAAGCUAGUGCUAACUGUGGAUGUACUGGUAAACACAGCAUCAUCCUACCAAACCCAUCCCUCGCUGCUGACAUGACAAGGUUUUGCUGAGGUCAGUGGGGCAGCUCCCAACAACACCAGUCAGAAGUGGGGCCCAUCUUAAAAAAUGCUUUCCUAUUUAAUCUCAUCCUUCAGUAGACUUACUUGUUGCUGUGCUUUAAAAAAUAACUGGAGAGAAUGCUGUUACUGGUGUCCCUGGCUUCAGGGUAGAGGUCUAAGCUGGUUUUUGCUGUUUUGUUUUCUAAGAGCAAAGACCUACUCCGGAACUUUUAACACUUGGAAGUGCUCAGGAUCGGGCCUGAACCUCAUCCCGAUGAAAAGAGAAAUCUAUAGCACUUGUUUACUGUUUUUAUUUUGUAUUUAUGAUUUCACAUAAAAAUAAAACCAUCUAA